AUGGCGUCAACGUCUCUGGUUCCUUCGAUUCUCGUUUCUUACUGCUCCCCUGCUCCUGAUUUUCGCGAUUCCGGGAAUUUCAAGGGUUUUUGCCGCCGGAUUUCUGUUUCUUCCCGCCGGGGGUUUCGAGUUCACGCAGAGUCCACGAUUCAAGAGAAGGAGCUAAGGCGGUGUUCGCAGUUCUUGGAACGCUCAUCAUCAUUCUCAAAAGAUACUACUUUGAGCUCUAGCGAAUGGAAGUCUGUUCCUGAUAUUUGGAGAUCAUCAGUAGAAAAGUACGGUGACAGAGUCGCGGUGGUUGAUCCGUAUCAUGAGCCACCUUCCACAUUCACGUACAAACAAUUGGAACAAGAGAUUUUGGACUUUGUCGAAGGUUUACGAGUAGUUGGAGUGAAAGCAGACGAGAAAAUUUCUCUUUUCGCUGAUAACUCCUGUCGAUGGCUUGUUGCUGAUCAAGGUAUAAUGGCCACAGGAGCAGUCAAUGUUGUUAGAGGAUCAAGAUCCUCUGUUGAAGAAUUAUUGCAAAUUUAUUGUCAUUCAGAAAGUGUAGCCCUUGUUGUGGAUAAUCCUGAGUUUUACAACCGUAUUGCUGAGACAUUUUUAAAGAAAGCACCUCUAAGAUUUGUGAUUCUUCUUUGGGGAGACAAAUCGUCGUUGGUUACAUCCGGUAGGAAGACACCAGUCUACAGUUACAACGAUAUAAAAAACUUAGGACAUGAGAGACGUGCAAAGUUUGGUGCAAGAUCUAGUGAUGCUGGGAAGUAUGAAUAUGAAUCUAUCGAUCCAGAUGAUAUAGCUACAAUUAUGUAUACCAGUGGAACCACAGGAAAUCCAAAAGGUGUUAUGCUUACACAUCAGAAUUUGUUACACCAGAUAAAAAACUUAUCCGAGUUUGUGCCUGCUAAAGCUGGAGAAAGAUUUCUAAGUAUGUUACCAUCGUGGCAUGCCUAUGAACGCGCUUGUGAAUACUUCAUAUUUACAUGUGGAGUUGAGCAAAAAUAUACAUCUGUAAGAUUCUUAAAGGAUGAUCUCAAGCGGUAUCGACCACACUAUCUUAUUUCAGUUCCUUUAGUAUAUGAGACACUCUACAGUGGGAUUCAAAAGCAAAUUUCUUCAAGCUCUGCUAUUCGUAAAUUUUUGGCACUUACAUUGAUCAGAAUCAGCCUGGCAUAUAUGGAAAUGAGAAGAGUGUAUGAGGGUAUGUGUCUGACAAAAGAGCAAAAGCCUCCAAUGUAUAUAGUUUCUAUGGUGGAUUUUUUGUGGGCGAGAGUAGUUGCCUUUGUCCUAUGGCCAUUUCAUAUGCUAGCUGAAAAGCUUGUGCACAAAAAAAUCCGCUCUUCUAUUGGCAUAUCAAAGGCUGGUGUUAGUGGAGGUGGUAGUUUACCAAUGCAUGUUGACAAGUUUUUCGAGGCCAUUGGUGUGAAUGUACAAAAUGGGUAUGGUUUGACAGAAACCUCACCUGUUGUCUCUGCGAGAAGGCUUAGCUGUAAUGUUCUUGGUUCAGUUGGGAAUCCAAUUAAAGAUACAGAAUUCAAAAUUGUAGAUCAUGAGACUGGUUCUGUUCUCCCACCUGGUUCAAAGGGUAUUGUCAAAGUCAGAGGCCCACCGGUUAUGAAAGGUUACUAUAAGAAUCCGUUGGCCACAAAGCAAGUUAUAGAUGAUGAUGGAUGGUUAAACACUGGAGAUAUGGGUUGGAUUGCUCCUCGUCACUCAACAGGACGGAGUCGUAGCUGUGGAGGUGUCAUCGUUCUUGAAGGCCGUGCCAAAGACACCAUUGUACUCUCCACAGGUGAAAACGUGGAACCAUUGGAGAUUGAAGAAGCGGCAAUGAGAAGUAGUUUGAUUCAACAAAUAGUAGUUAUUGGACAGGAUCAACGCCGCCUUGGAGCUAUUGUUAUCCCAAACAAAGAAGCAGCAGAAGGAGCAGCAACAAGUCAAAUAUCACCAGUAGAUCCUCAAGUCAACAGACUUAGCAAGGAGACACUCACGAGUAUGGUCUACGAAGAACUUAGGAAAUGGACAUCAGAAUGUUCGUUCCAAGUCGGUCCGGUUCUCAUCGUGGACGAGCCAUUCACGAUAGACAAUGGUUUCAUGACGCCGACAAUGAAAAUAAGAAGAGACAAGGUGGUUGAUCAAUACAAGGAGGAGAUAGAUAGACUCUACAAGUAG